GGAAUCGUGAAUACAUUUGAAAGUGUAAUAAAUAUCUAUCAAUCGAUUUGAACCACGUACGACUCGAUACAAAUCAAGUAACUCGCUCUGCCAGACGCAAAUCGUACGAAGAUUACAAAUAAACACCGAUAUCCAAUCUGCGAGCGCGAACAAUAUCCAUCAUGCGCCUCUCCCAGGCUUUCGUCCUUGUGGCAUUCGCUCCUUUCGCAAUUGCAUAUCCAACAUUCUCAGCACCCGCAGCUGCAGCGGUAGAGACAGCUGCAACCGCGUUCACUGUUUCGUGGGCAGAUAAUGGAGAUGCUCCAGCGACAGCUGAUAUUACUACCUAUCAACUAGAUGUCUGCGCAGGAUCUAGUGGUACAAAUCUCGAAGUGGUAUACCCCGUAACUGCUUCCGCUACCUUGGGGUCGACUCUUACGACCAGUGUCACUGUGCCAGCGGCCAGGGGAUCAUCGGUGACCAAUGCCUACUUUAUGAGAAUGAUAGCAACCACAGCGACGGGGACUGUUACAGUGUACUCAAAUAGAUUUUCAAUUAGUGGCAUGACAGGUACUUUUGCAGCCACGUAUACGAUUACUGGCACCGCUGGACCAGCAACUGUCAAUAAUGUGGCAGACACGGCGGUCACAUCAUCAUCAUCAUCAUCAUCAUCAUCAUCAGGUACUACGGACGAUGGCGUUUAUGGAACCCCAUUUCAAUCACAAACUGGCCUUACAAGAUAUGCCCCAAUGGGUUUGAUGCCUGGCACCACAAUAACGGCCACGAACACAGAACCUCAAUACCCAACAUCGUCUGUUGCUCUAGCCACCACGUAUUUAAGCUCGGCAACCAUUGACACAACUUUGACUCAAGCUCAAACAGCUUCCUUUACAAGUCAUGCUAACACGGUUGCUGCGGCAUCGAUGCCUACAGAUGAUAUGGCAAAAUUCUUGGCUAGAUGGAAAGAUUGAAUCGUUAGAAAGACGAUGAAUGAUGUAUAAAUAGAGCAUCAAAUGAACAUGUGAAAAGGAGUUUGGCGUACAUUCGAAUUGGCAUUCGAGGUUUUAGUUUAAAUGAAUACCGUGUAUACCCAACGAAUCAAGAAUUUACCCA